AAAAAGGAUAAUAUUCUGAGAUUAUAUUUGUAUUCGUAUGUAUUUGCCAAUGCGAAAAAUCCAACAUUCGGUCAACACUAAGACGUAUCACAUAAUAAUGACAUAUAUACAUUAUUCAUAACAGAGAAUUCGUUUCUUUGAUGAGAAGAUUGUGUGCUAAUAAAACAGACUACAAAAAUAAACGCAUAUUUUUUUACGAAAUUUUACAAGUAUUUUAAUAAUAAUAAUUAUACUUGCUAUCCUAUUGACUUCAACAUUGCAUACUUUUAUUACCUAACAUAAACAGGUUGAUAUCGAUAGCAAUGGUGAGUACUUAAUGUAGUUUAAUUAUUUUUAACGUACACCGUUUAUUUUCACUCCGUCGAGGCCAUUUAAUGAAACAAAAAAGUAAACAGGGGGCACCAUUGAUUGUAGUACCCAAUAAGACGGGCCUGAAAAUAGGACGGAAAAUAAAGGAUACAGCCAUCAAGAACAAAUUAUAAAGAAAUAACAAUUAUUAUUAUGGCCGGAUUUGCAUUCUCAAACGUUCGGAUUAACAUCCCGGCUGGUCUAAUUAUCGAAUGUAAUAUGAAUAUCAAAUUAAUAAGUAAUAUUUCACAGGUAUACGACUACUUUGAUAAAUAUAGUUUCUUGUGUGAAAUGUAUGAUGAGGAUGCUGACGAAAUAAAAGAUUUAACCCUCAAUUAUUUUCCAUUUGACAAUUCGGUUCAAAUAAUAGACGCGAAGAAAGGCAAAAAUGUUUUGAAACGAGUACAACUACCACCAUUAAAUUUAGAUAUGUUACAAAUCGGUAAUAUAGUUAAUAUAUUUUCAAAAUUAUUAUAUAUCAAGGAUUGCGCUCCUGCUACACGGAAAACGCUUUUCAAAAAUGUGCAAAGUACAUUUGCCAUGAUUAAGCCGAUAGCUCCAAGUGAACAUGGUAAAAUAAUCACAUUCAUCAUGAAAAAUGGUUUUCGCAUCGUUCGAAUGAAAAACGGCAAAAUUUGCAAAGAAUUUGCAAUGGAACUUUACCAAAGCAUAGCCAGUAAUAAUAUGCUACCGAUAAUCAUAGAUUAUGUUACUACUGGUGAAGUUAUAGGACUAGAGCUUGUUGCACCGGAUGCAGUUACAAAAUGGCGACAGUGCCUAGGAGCUACAGACCCUGCUGAAGCUGCCCCUGGAACUCUGCGAAACCUUUAUGGCGAGAACAAACUGAAGAACGUAGCACACGGCUGUAAUACACCAGAGGAUGCAGCAAAGAUGUUGGAAUUAUUUUUUGGUUAUGAAAAAGGAAUACCCAGGGUUCCAUUUAGAGCUACAUUCAAAAAUUGCACAUGCUGUGUUAUUAAGCCCCACGCAGUAAUUGAAGGAAAUAUCGGUUCUAUUUUGGAACAAAUCUCAACCUCUGGAAAAUUCUUUAUAUCAGCUAUGGCUAUGUUCUCAGUUAAGCUUGCAAAUGCAACAGAAUUUUUUGAAGUUUACAAAGGAGUCCUCCCUGAAUACGAGGCAAUGUGUAUUCAUUUGGCUGAGGGGAAAUGUGUUGUAUUAGAGGUAACAAGCACCAACCUUGAAUUGAAUAGCGUUUGUGAAUUCAGAAAGAUGUGUGGACCUAGGGAUCCUGAUUUGUGUCGUCAACUAUACCCAGAAUCCAUCAGAGCUCUCUAUGGAAAAUCUAUAGUACAUAAUGCUGUUCAUUGUACUGAUCUUCCUGAAGAUGGUGAACUAGAAGUUGAAUAUUUCUUUAAACUUGUAGCUAAUGAUUAAAUAUGUUUUAUUAUAAUAUUAUAUUUCCAGUU